GAAAAAGGUUGGGGAUCACUGUAUUUCAACACAUAAAUGUCAUUUUUCUGAGAAUUUGUAUUUAACCAGGAAACUGUUUUUAAAUGAUUUACAUUUUUCUUGGCAAAUUAAAAGUGUAGAUUUUAUAAAUCCAGAGGAAAUAUUCGUACAUAUCAUCAAUCAAACCUUUUGUCGGCAGGUGCCUUUUUAUAAAACGGUGAUGUAUGUUUAGCGUAUGCCUCCCUGCAGGAGUGGACUGAAGGGGAAAACAGCUGAGCAUGAGGCGGUGCUGCAGAUGCGCUCUGCUGCCUUUUACUGUCAGUUCCAACAAUGAUCAGGGUCAGGCAAGGCAAAUGUAUUUAUGUCAACCUUUCAUACACUGGGGAAAAGUGUUUUGCAGCAAAAAAAAAUGGCAGCUUUAAGCUUUAAAACCAAACAUUCAUUUGGGAGGCAGAGUUGAGGCUUUUACAUGACUGGUAGGGCUGCAGAGCUUCUGGGAAAAAAGCACAGAAAAGUAUGAUUUGCAAUAUUUCUUUAAAGCAAACAUUGCAUUUCGGUUGGCAGUUGUGCAAUAUCUUUGUGCAAAGUACAUUAAAAAAGAACAAAACAACUUGUGCCUCACCUAUUAGUGAGCUAUUUUUAAUUUCUCCUUAAGUGUACAAGGUUUUUUUCUUUCUUUACUGAAUCAAUAUCUUUAAAUGGUGACUUUUUGACCAGUGUCAUAAAUCGAUUUGUUCAUGUUUGAAAAGCAGCAGAGCUUUUUUUCUCUCCCUUUUUAAUGGAGAAAUGUGACUUUAUUAUAAAUAGUAAUGUUGUUAUUGAGUGUUAGUGAAAGUACUGAGAAAAGACCCUUGUUGUGCCUCGCAGGCUUUUCCACAGGCCCAUUAACAUUCUUGUGAGCCCCAUCAUUUCAGCAUUUAUUCCCGCCUGCUGUGAAAAACAACAAUAACCAGCACACACCUUGUUUGGGUUGGUUUUUCACCUGGCAGCUCUUGCUGUGCCAGUCUAAUCUGCAAGUUCAGGUGUUAAACGGAAACACUUGAGGCCAAAAAUGUGUAAUUUCAAUGCACUUUGUUUUAUAAACUUUAAUCAAUAAAAUUUGGAGAAAAAAGGUUGUGUGUGUGCUGUUUUAACUGUGUGUGGAGGUGGGUUCCAAAGAAGCAGAUUUGAGGACUGAAUGGUGAGUUGAACUGGGCCUGCUGCCAGUCUACAUUCCAACCGUGAACGUUUGAAAUGCUCUCCCACUUCCUACUGACAUGGCCGCAGAUUUUCCCUUCAGCUUGCUGGGAUCUUUUGCUUUCUCGCUCCUCUUUCCUCGCCCUUCUGGCCUCUUGGUUGUUCACUUGACUUUGCCAUCAAACACCUGACUUUUCUGGUGAUUUUUCUGUUGGAUGCUGUUAUGUGUGAGAAGACCUACAAGAUGUCACUGAUGGAACUGUACAAGGCAAGAAAUGAUCAAUAAAUACAAAAAUAUCACUUCUGCUUAGGUGCUAUGCAGAAUGUAAUGUGCAUAUAUAACAUGUACAAGACUGUAAAUAAGAAUACGCAGAUCAUCAGGUGAUGUAAAAAAGGGGGUGGGAUCAUACAAGAUUUCUCUUCAACCCACUCCUUUUCAAGCACACUAUCUUGUUUUAUCUGUCUAUUUUAAACUCUUGUGUUUAUUUUCAUUUGUGUUUGAAAGAAAAUUGAAUUGAAUUGAAAAAGAAGCAGAAGCAGUUUCAUGAGAACAUCCUCUUCUAGCAACAAUUUCCUCCUUUCGGCCCGAGUUAUCAUUAAACCCGAAUGACAAGAAGGUGCAGAAAAUCAAAGAGGUGAGUCACAGCCGCUGCUCCAUUAGGGGUUUUGCGCUGCAACACAUUAACCAGCCAGCGACAGGCAUUUGCUGGCUGCAGAAUCCAGUUGUUCCAGUCCAGCCAGUUGCAGAAAACAGGGUGCAGGUGAAAGAAGACGGGGAGGGACCUAUCACAGCAAAGAGAGGAGAGGAGGAGAAAGCAGAGAGAAACCAAAGAUGAGUGCGUGAAUCAAAAUGGACCCAACCAAACACAGCUAUUCCUCAAAAUCCCUGUAUGCAAACAGUGGAGGUGGAACUGAUUCCCCCACGGACGAAAUGGUGCAGAGUUUACAUUCUGUGAAUGGAGAGAUGCAGGCGGAUGCAGAAGCAGUGGAUGGCAAAACAGCUGCAGAUACCAUCCUCUACCACAAGGGGUCAGCAGAGAAAAACAAGUCCAAUACGAUCAAAACUCAGAGGAGAACCAAGCAGAAAGCUUUGUCUGACUUUGGAACGGUGGGCAGGGGAACUUCAUCUGGAACCAAACCCAGAACUCCACUGCAGGGUCUGUUCAGCCAAGGAGGACCUGACAAAUCCUUUGAGCAGAGCCAACUGGAUGCGCUGAGGCAGGAGCUGGAGGCCUACACUGUGCCAGUCACCCUGAGAUGGAUGUGGAAAGAAGAAAGUGACGGAGCCACACUGGAGAAAAGCUGGACAGAUUUAGUGCAAAAUCAUUUAACCAUGACAAAGAUGCAGAGGCACCAACAGGAGGCGCUCUGGGAGCUUAUCAGCACUGAACUCAUCUACAUCAACAAGCUAAAGAUCAUCAAAGAUCUGGUGAUUGCAGCUCUUCUUAACCUGCAUCAGCGUGGAUUUCUGCAGGAGGUGAGCCCUGACCAGCUUUUUUACAACCUCCCCUCCAUCCUACAAGCACACCAGCUGUUCUGGCAGGAGGUGGUUUACCCGAUGGUGCAGGAAGUACGGCAAACAGGAAAACCCUUUGACCCCAUGGGGCUGGAGGAAGGCUGCCUGCAGUUCCACAACCGUUUCCUGGUCUACCGUGAAUAUUGCUGGGAGGAGGAAAAUAGUCUUGAUUUCACACGCAAGCAGAUGGAGAGCAACCCACACUUUCAGACUUUCAUUCAGUGGGUGGAGAGUCACCCUCAAGGUGAACGGAUGCGACUGGGGGACAUGCAGGCCAAGCCUCAUCAGAGGAUCACGAAGUACCCACUGCUGCUCAAGGCGGUGCUCAAACACACAGUGGAGCCUCCCGUGCAGCUGGCCCUCAUAGGCAUGUUAUCCAGCGUGAACAUUUUCUUGGAGAGCAUCAAUGAUUACAUGCAGAAGAAAGAUGACGAGCAAGCCCUGUACAUUUCUGCCAGGAGGGUGGAGGGUUACGAGGUGGAGGGAAUAACUGAAGAAAUUGACAAGUAUGUCCAAGAGAUCUGCAAGUUCAAUCUUGAAUGCCCCAUCAGGGGUGUGAAUCCUGAAGUGGUACGUAAACUUCUGCUGGAGGAGAACCUGAAGGUUCGGGUCAGAAAGGAUCAAAAGCUGGAGGUGGUGGCUCUACUUUUCUCAGAUGUAAUUCUUCUGACUAAAAUCCAGAAAAGAGGGGAGGGUCUGAAGGUGGUCCGACCUCCUCUGGCCCUGGACAGGAUCGAGUGCAUUGCCCUGAAGGACGGCAGUUCAUUUCUUCUGGUGGAAGUGGGCGAGCUGCAGAGUGUGAUGAAUGUCCUCAUUUUUGUCGCCGGCACCUCACUAAGCUGCUCCAAGUGGGUCUCCACCAUCAAUCAGGCAAAGGAAAUGCUGAAAAACCUGAGAGAGCUUGAGACCAAGAGACAGGAGGGUUUAAGAGCACAACAGAUGGAGGGCAAAAAGGUUAAAGGGGAGGACAUGGAGACAGAAGAACCUCCUAAACCUAAUGCAAUAAAUGGAUCUCACAAAGCAGGACAAGAUCAACCCUCUGAAGAGGCGUGGACUAACUCCUUUGGACAACUACUUCAGAACUCCCUGCAGUUUCACCAAAUCCGUAAAUCGGGAAGUAAGAGUGUUGGAGGAGGACCGCAAAACCUCAAGGAGCAGGAAUCGACUGAAGCGAAAGCAAAGGUUUCAUUGGGAAAUCUGCAGAAAGAGGAAAAAAAAAUGACGGAGCCUGAAAAAACAACAACUGGCAUGUUGAACCAAAGAGAAGAGUCUUCCCCAAACUUGGAUCAUUUCCUCCUCCGUAAAUCUGUACAUUCCAUAAGAAACAGCUCCCUGAGACGAUACACCAGAGUGAUUGAUGAACUACCAGACGUCGACUACCCUACAGAUGAAGAAAGCACUUCACAACUCAAUUACCAGCAGCAGUUCCAAAAAUGGGGGUCUUUGAGGUCAGAUUUAGAACGAAAAAUCCUAGAAAGGAGAGAUUCUAAGUCGCAGCUUGCAGCUCAGGAUGCCAACAGAAACUCAAGUCAGCCUGAAGGAUCGUUUUUAGAUCCUGGUCGGUUCUCCAAACAACUGAAGUCUCCUGAGCCUCGCAAGAGGAGGCCGGCCAACUCAAUUCCACCUCUGCCUAACCAAACAUCCCUGCAAGUUUCAGGACAGAAUCCAACUGUUUCAAACAGCUCUUCAGACUCUGAGUCCGGCACCAAUUUCAAGAGAAAUUCCCUUCCUGCCAGCUUUGGUUCAGACCGUUCAGACUCGCACAGAGUGCUCAAGGUGAGCUCCUUAAAGUCAAAUCAAGACCCGUUUUUAAACACAGACCUCAAAGCCCGUCCAGAUCUCCAAACACCUUUAGAAUCUGAGGGUCUCCAAAAUAAAAAGCCCAAUCCCAAACCCAAACCUCAGAGACGUUCUUCUAAUCCCAACAUUCCCAUUCAAGAAUAUAUUCGUGGGCGCUCCGAUAAUGUCUGUGCAUCACCCUCAGCGGAUCGUGCUCCUCCUUUAAGAACCAAUGUAGACCCCCCAGGUCUUGAGGACCUUUUGGAAAGAGCUAAGGAGAGAGACAGAAGUGGAAUAAAAAGAGACCGAAAUUUAAAACCAGUUUUUAUGAGUGCGAGGUACCCUCCUUCCUACCAAAUGAGCCCCAUAAGCCCCAUAAGCCCCAGGCCUCCCCUCGUGCGAACCAAAAAAGACAAAGAACCAGACUGCAAGGAGGUGGAGCUGAGGAGACACAGAGCCAUGGCAGUGAGUCAAGGAUGGAGGGAGCAGUUGGUAGAUGGGGAUGAAGAUUGCAAAGACAAUACUGUCUUUUUGGACGGUGUAAAUGUGGACUGGACAGGCUGGUGCGUAGACGAUGACGAGGUCAUGAAGUACUUGAGUCCUGGAAACCGCAGCAGCGACAGAUUGGAGGGAAUCAACAGAUCCAUGGCCGAAUGGGCCCUCAAUGAAUUUUCGGAGCCAGAUGACGGAGAGUGUAGUCAGGUGUAGCUCUGCGUCUACACGUCUGAGCCAUGCUGUCGCUGCUGCCACUUAAAGCUUAGCAUGUCAAUGUAGAAGUUAAGGUAACAAAAAGAAAAUAUUCAAGAAAAAAGCUAACCGGUAAAAAGAUUAGCUUUAUUUCUAGAUCAUUCUUAUUUUAUAAAUAGUUCAGGGUGUAGAGUUGAAAUGUUUGACAUUAAAAUGCAACAAUGCAUCUGUACUAUAUGUAAAAUUGUUGUAAUAUACCUAGAUGAAUACAUGUGUGUGGCUUGUGUUUUUUUGGUACACAAUUUCCUACAUUAGUAUUUUAUUUAAACUGCAUAUUUACACAGCAAAAUGAUAAACUUUUGUAUAUAUAUAUAUAUAUAUAUAUAUAUAUGUGUGUGUGUUUGUAAAAGAAAUAGGCAAAACUCUUUUAAUUGCACUUUAUUUAUGAAACAUUUAAACAAAUCUUUAGUGACAAAUAUUAAGAAUAUUUACAGUAGCAUAAUCUGAGCAGAAUGGAAUUAUUAUUAUCUUCAAACAAUUGUUGCAGCAAUAUUUGCCCUUAAAAUAUUUACAAAACUUGUGCAAAAUAAAAUUGUCUCCCAACUGUAUUUUUUGGCAAAAUUUCACUAAAAUCAGUAAAAUUCC